ACUUGACCGGCUCUGGCAGUAUACAAAAGGUAACAACGAUGUCUGAGGUGUGUCCCGCAUAUGCACCGUUCUUUGGCUUCGCAGGCGUUGCUGCCUCGAUGGUGUUCAGCACUGUCGGGGCCGCGUUGGGCACGUCCAAAGCUGGGAUUGGCAUAGCAGGUCUCGGGACGUUUAAGCCAGAACUCAUCAUGAAAUCCCUCAUCCCCGUAGUCAUGUCCGGUAUCAUUGCGGUGUAUGGUUUAGUGGUGUCGGUCUUGAUUGCAGGAGGACUCGACCCUUCCAAAGAUUACACCUUAUUCGCUGGCUUCAUUCACCUUGGUGCUGGCCUUGCGUGUGGAUUUACGGGGCUUGCGGCGGGCUAUGCCAUAGGUUACGUGGGUGAUUCGUGUGUUCGAGCAUAUAUCUACGAGUCUCGCGUGUUUGUAUCGAUGGUACUCAUCCUCAUCUUCGCCGAGGUAUUGGGUCUUUACGGGCUCAUUGUUGCUUUGAUCAUGAAUACGAAGGCGACGGAGGCACGAUGCCCAUAAUCUUGUUCACGUUACAAUUCACUAUAUACCAUACAAUACAAUACUGAGGGAACGGGUUCACCGACCAUGUAUGCCACAAGAAGGAGUGGAUGCACCUCAAUGGCCCCUACUUGUGCUCCCUCUGCUGCUGCCGCUGGACGACGAUGAAACGGACCGGCGACGGCGAUGUGGGACACGCCGCUUGUGGUCGCGUUCCCUAGAGCGCGAGGCCUCCGAAUCCGAGCCAGAAGAUCCUGAUCCUGAUCCUGAUUCUGAGUCCGACGCAGACGACGAGGAAUCCGAGUCGGAGUUUGACCCAGAGUCUGAAUCUGAAUCUGAUGAGUCGUCUGAGGAAGAGCCACGUUUGGCACGUUUCCUGGGAUGAUCACUGGACUCCUUUUCAACUUUGGCCCUUUCUUUCUCCUUUGCGGACAGAAUGCGAUUCGCCGUGCCCGCCUUAGUCUUAAACUCCUCGGGCACUUCGACCGACGGCUUGCCGUCUGCCUUCAGCUUAGCCAACGCCUUCGGAUUCUCCAGCUGCUGAGUACGGGAAGGUCGGCUCAGGUAGGGCCGAGCGGUCGAUUUGCACUGGUACGUGAAAUGACCCGUACCAAGACAUCUCUGGCACACUGUCGAUGAAGUAGCCUGCGGAUUG